UUGUAAACCGGUGGGGCGCAAACUUAUGUUUAAGUAAUCUUGAGUUUCGUAUGUGACUGAGCCUUAAAAGGACAUUUUAUAGAUAUUCACUUAAAUACAAAAAACAGAGCAAUGGAUGAACACACGAGUGGUACAUAUUCAUCUGCUGUGUCGAGUAGGAAUUCAGGUCUCAUUUCAAGAGGUAUAGACCGUAGGUUUUAUAUGGGCUCUAUGGUUGUACCAAAACUCGGCCCUUACACUCGAAUGCUAGGAGUAGUCGGACCUUUUAUUAAAGGAACCAACAGUAAAUUCUUCGUGACUGCUAAUCAUGUUAUGGCCCAGCGCUGGAAAUAUACGGAUGGUGAUGAUAAAACACGGGCUUUACAGCUUAUCUACGGGCCAGAUAACAACUAUGAAGCACAUGACUGCGGACGACUUGUUUCAGGCGGAAGGACUGGAAGCUUAGCAGCCCUGAUACAAAUUAAUCAAGAUAUUUUGGGAAAGGUUGAGGACUCUCUGAAAACAGGAAAGUUUCCAUUUGCCGGAAUUAGUCCAAUAAAUUUUCCAUCUUAUGACAAUAGAGAUUCGCAGAAAACGACUCAAGUAUAUGUAUUUGGAAAUCAAACCAGAACAGCCACAGCCAAAAUCAUAGUUAAGAAGAAAGAAGGAUUGAUCUAUCUCAUAACGAUUGAAUCUAUCCUUUUAAAACCAAACGAAGGCGGCGCAGCGAUCUUCAUUGCGGACCAAGAUAAUUUCCUACAUUGUGUGGGUAUAUAUGAAAGCAACAUCAGAGGUGAUCCACGUCAAUGCUUAGUUAUUCCAAUAGAGGUGAUACUGCACAACCUGGGACAAGAACUUGGACAACAACUGGAAAUACAUCGACAACACGAAAAAGGUACUUCUUUCCGUACCUCACAAGAACAAAGCGCUUUCCAGAAGCUGUUCAUCAAUCCAUUUACGUAAUAAGUGACUGAAAGACCAUGUGGUUGACUUAUAAAUGUCAAACCCAUUAAAGGGUUACAAAAUCAAUUAGGGAUCAAGUAAGGUUUGCGCUUUUGGUGCGUGGCAUUCCCUGUUUGAUAUUUUUCUUUGUUUUUACUACAAUACUAACCAAGCAGAUUGUUAAUUCCGUAG